UCGGAAUUCUUCGGAAGCAUUCGGAACCCCUCGGCCGCCUCCCCGCUCCACCGUCAGCCGUGUUUUCCUCCGAGCUGCUGCAAAGCGGAACUGGCGGCGCUGGCGUGGCGGGGAUCGGUUGAAAGAUUAUCCCGGUGUGUGUUAUGACGACGCGCGGGGACACGCACCCGCACGGAGCCGUGGUCGUUGCGCGCGGCGGGAUGUAUUGGGGGGAGAGCCGCCACAGAGACGCUGGGCUCCGGCCAAACCUUGCUGCAUUUUAGCCGCUCUGUUGUCCAUCGAUGCUCGGGCUCUGACUGCAGUGGCUGCAUCGCUGAUCGGCUGAACAUCCGCGCGCGCGGUGCAGAAUGCAGCACGCGUGAGGACACCCCCCCUCCUGCUCAUCCAUCGCUGCCAUGACAGGCAGAGGUCUCCUCUCGAGCACGGCGCGCUCGCUCGGACAGCAGGCGGAGUGAUUUGGGACGCUGCUCGCAUCUGCGGAUGUUAUUCCGUCUGUGGGGCCUGUAAACAGCAUCCGCGCGUGCGUGCGCGUGCACCGUGACACUCUCAGGGAACAGCAGAGAAACAACAUGUCUUCUCGGUCAGCUUUGCCGUCUGGAAACGACAGGAGCGCCGGGGACCACCACUUAUCACUGGGGGCCAGUCGCUCGGACAAGACUACCAGUCAGUCCAGCCGCUCUCUGGGGGCCCGAUGCAGGAACUCCAUCGCCUCCUGUUCCGAUGAGCAGCCGCACAUUGGGAACUACCGUCUGCUCAAGACCAUCGGCAAAGGAAACUUUGCCAAGGUCAAGCUGGCCCGCCACAUCCUGACAGGCAGAGAGGUGGCGAUAAAAAUCAUCGACAAGACUCAGCUGAACCCCACCAGCCUGCAGAAGCUUUUUCGGGAAGUGCGGAUAAUGAAAGGCUUGAAUCACCCAAACAUAGUGAAGCUGUUUGAGGUGAUUGAGACGGAUAAGACCCUUUACUUAGUCAUGGAGUACGCCAGUGGAGGUGAAGUGUUUGACUACCUCGUGUCACAUGGGAGGAUGAAGGAGGUGGAGGCCCGAGCCAAGUUUCGGCAGAUCGUCUCAGCUGUGCACUACUGCCACAUGAAGAACAUCGUCCACAGAGACCUGAAGGCGGAGAACCUGCUGCUGGACGCUGACGCCAACAUCAAGAUUGCUGAUUUUGGCUUCAGCAACGAGUUCACGCUGGGAAACAAGCUGGACACGUUCUGUGGGUCUCCCCCCUACGCAGCGCCGGAGCUUUUCCAGGGAAAGAAGUAUGACGGGCCGGAGGUGGAUGUGUGGAGUCUGGGGGUCAUCCUCUACACGCUGGUCAGCGGAUCCCUCCCCUUUGAUGGGCAGAACCUGAAGGAGCUGAGGGAGCGUGUGCUGAGGGGGAAGUACCGCGUCCCCUUCUACAUGUCCACCGACUGUGAGGGCAUCCUUCGACGGUUCCUUGUGCUGAAUCCUGCAAAGCGCUGCACACUGGAUCAAGUCAUGAAGGAUAAGUGGAUCAAUACAGGGUAUGAAGGGGAUGACCUGAAGCCCCACAUAGAACCAGUGGAGGACUACAGCGAUCCAGCUCGCAUAGAGGUGAUGGUUGGAAUGGGCUUCACUCCAGAGGAGAUCAAGGACUCCCUGCUCAAUCAGAAAUACAACGAGGUCACCGCCACCUACUUACUGCUGGGCCGAAAAGGAGAUGAGAGCAGUGACGCUCGCACAGCCAGCACCCUGUCCCUGGCGAGGGUGCGACCCAGCCCUGUCACCAACGGCACCAACAAACACUCCUCAGCCAGCGGCUCUUCCUCCUCCACCUCCUCCUCGCACAGCAAGAGCCAGCGCAGCGCCUCCACCUACCACAGGCAGCGGCGACACAGCGACUUCUUCCUCCACAACAAAGGCGGGCCCUCCAUGCCCGUCAUGCACCCCAAGAGGAGCCCGACCAGCACGGGCGACCGAGAGCUGAGGGAGGGGCGCAUGCCCUCCCGUAAGGCCAGCUGCAGCGUGAUGGGGAGCCACAGCCUUCCUCCAUCCAGCCCCAUGGUCAGCAGUGCCAACAACCCCAACAAGUCGGAGAUUCCAGAGCGCCGCAAAGACAUGACGGCCACCACGAAUAACAUCCCAGGAAGCACCAUGACGCGCCGGAACACGUACGUGUGCACGGACCGCUCGGGCGCCGACAGGCACUCUCUGCUGCAGAAUGGCAAAGACAACAGCUCCCUGGGCCACCGCCUGCCUGCUGCGUCUCCCUCCACCCUCAGCAUGGCUGGAGCCGGAGCUGCUUCCUCCUCCUCGUCUUCGGACCGAUGCCGCCUGACGCGAGGCUCCACAAUCCGCAGCACCUUUCACGGGGGCCAGUUAAGGGACCGUGGCCCUCCAGUUUACUCCGCUCCACCCACAUCACCCACCCUGUCCCACCAUGAAACCAGCCCUCUGCCCCACGCACGCACCAGGGCAACCUCCAACCUCUUCACUAAACUGACCUCCAAACUCACUCGCAGGGUCACAAAUGAAUCUGAGGGAAUCAGGAGAUUUGCGCUCACAAGUUGCCAUUUACCUGGGUAUCAAAAAGCGUCCGAGCCCCGGGCCGUCGGACGUGGCUGGAAUCUGAGAGGCGGCGGGCGGCGGGACCCUGCGGAGGUGGUGCUGGCUCUGCAGGAGGCAGCGCUCGGGUGUGGCUGUCAGGUCCACCACUCUGGCCCAUUUCUGCUCUCCUGCACCCACGGCGUGGCGGGGGGCCGCGUGGCGUUUGAGGCCGAAGUGUGCCAUCUUUCCACGAGCGCCUCAGAGACUUCUAACGGCGUGCGCUACACUCGACUGUGGGGGGCGCCGCUAGCUUUUCGGAACAUUGCCACCCAAAUCUCUAAGGAUCUUGAACUCUGAGCCAGAGUGUGUGUUUGUGUGUGGGUGAGGGAGUGUGUGUUUUUGUGUGGAGGUGUGUUUUCGUAUGGGAGUGUGUUUUAGUGUGAGUGUUUAUGGAAUCAAAGAAAACAAAAGAGAUGAGGAAAGGGGCUGGACCCGAGACAAAAAACUCUCCUGUCUCUUUCGGACCCCCCCCCCUUCACACACAAAAAUACACACCUGACCCUUACAAACACAGACUGAACUUCCCCCUUCAUGACCCCCCACCCCAGCCAGGAAGUGGAUCUGAUGAAACCUAGUUGAAUAUUUUUAUUGCAGCCAUAUUGACUCUUGAUUUUGUUAUUCUCUGACACCCCCCCCCCCCGACCAUCCCAAAAGAAAGACAUCUUUGUUAGUCCCCCGCCCCCCCGAUCCCGCCUGCUUAUGUGCUAUUCACCCCUCUUUUUCACCUUCUGUCAUCUCUUGGAGACAAACACGAAGAUCGGGGGGCUGCGUGGGGGGCUGCAUUGCUGUGAGCGCUGAGCGCUCAAACUGUACGGGAUUAAGGUCAGAGGGAGGGGGCGGGGUUUAGAAACAGCCAGUCAGAGAAGAGAACCGCUGAGGCUAGAUUCUGACUCAUAUCAGACGUCUUUCCGUUUCUGAAUGAACGGUCUGGUACUUUCAGCCCCAGUCGUCCACACUGUCAGUUCAGACCCCCCCUCCAAUGUGUUUUUGUUUGUUUACAUCAUAGUGGGUUUUACAAAUCAAUAUCCAUCCAUCAUCUAGACCGGCUUCAUCUUCUCUUGCAGCUUUGGUCCAAAGUGACUAAAGGAAAAAAUCUAAAACGUCCCGUUCUGGGCGAGGUGCAGCGAAAGCAUCAUCAGGAGGAAACAGACGAGAACAGCUGCCAAAUAUUUGACAUUUUAUCAUUUGUUGAUAGAGGAUCUUCAGCGGCGUGCUGCUGUUGUUCAGAGGGGAGGGGCCUCAGGUCUGGACGGAGGGUGCUGUUGAGAUGACCUCUGCAUAGGCGAGAUUUGAACUGGGGAGUCGCACGGCCUUGGGGCUCGUUAAGAACAGCGUUUUGGAUCAUGUGUAGAGUCUCGGUGCUGCUGACACAAACAUCUGAGUGAGGAGUGGGUUUGCAGAAACACAAAGGUGCGGUCGUCCUGUAGAGGGAAGGUCUGCGUGGAGGGAGGCCGAGCAGAUGCUCUGCCUGUCAAUCAUGAGCUGAUAAGAAAAGCCGCUCUGAUGCGAUAAGGACCAGGGGGUCACCAGAGUUGACCCCGGCUGCAGGUUGGCAGGAACACCUGGACGGUGUGUUAGUUCAACAACAUGCACGCACACAAGGGGAGAACAUGAAAACUCGACACUCGGAAAACUCAAAUGGUAUUUUUAUCAGGACGGAGGCUGCUGAGCUAAUCUCCAACCCCUCCAUGCAGAAAUGCAUCAGCAUGUCAGUCAAAAGCUCCAGAAAAGAGCAUCGUUGAUCCGGUUUGGUUCGUCUCAGAUCACUGUAGCUGCAGCACAGAUUUCUUUGGUUCUGACCAGAGGAUCUACAGGGAAGCCCCUCCCCCUGCACAUAAUCAAGUCUGAUACCACUGAUGUGUUUGUGGAAAUGAUAUGAAGAUGUCAGGUUUUUCCUGUUGGUAGCUGGAUGAGCAGCAGAUCCUUUUUACACAAACCCCAGAGCUUGAUGGAGAAGCUGCACAUGCAGCUCUCUGAUUGGCCGGAUUCUGUCAUCAGUGACAUCAUUUCCUAAACUCCCAUUCUUUUUCAGCUCUAUGCUUUUGUUUGUGUGUCUUGCCACAGAAUCGGACCCACAUAGAGGCGACUUCUCCAGAGCUGGCACAUCUUUUUUCGGGGGGGUUAGCAGUGCAAUAAUAUGGCACGUUUUCAAAGCAAUGCACCUCUUGUUCUGACUCAGUGUCACAUGAUCUGAGCUCCCUCGUCCUCUCAGACUAUGGAGUGUAACAAGCCGACGCCCCUUCAGAUCACCCAUCCCCCCCCCCCCCCCCCCUCCUCCAGGUAACGUACACUGUUUUUGCAGCACAGCAUAGGAGCUGCGCUGCCCGUUAACGAUGACUGAGGGCCGGGGGCCAGUUCCAUGUUCCUAAAGGUGCAAUGAAGGCAGUGUUUUGGUUCUUCUUGUCAGUCCAGUUGCCUUUAAAGUGAACAGCUCCCAGCGCCUUCAUAGGAUACAUAUUUAAUGUAAAAAAAAAAGAAAAAAGGUCAUAAAAAACGAGAAGGUUUUCUUAUUACCCCUCCCUGUUUUUAGUGGAAACUGUACUGUGAUAUUUGCAUAGGCUUCAGAGGUCAUAUUGUUUGGCUGCUGAUUUACUGUUAAUACUAUCUCUCAGUUGUGGCUUUACUCAUGGUGACCCUGAUCACCCCGCCCUGACCACUUUCCAUACGGAAGUGUAACUUCUAACAUCUCACCCCUCACCACCCCCACCUUUAUCUCUCUCACCACAAUGUUUCCCUCAGGAAACGCUCAGCCAUCAUCCACUCUCACGCCGGGUGGCGUCCUCUCAGUCCAGCGGGGGAGGCCGGCCCGCUCAGGCUGAGAAGCAGUCACCAAAAAGGACGGCGGGAGUCUGUCUCCUGUUCAGUUCUCGUUGUGGUGUAUAUUAGCAUUCGGUAAUAUAGACCUCAAUGCACUUUGCUUUGACUUGAAUCAGCUCCUUCCAGUGAACCUGUCUAGGUUAUGCCUAGAACUAGCCACUGGGGGGCGCCAAUGUCUUAAAUGUGAAACACUUCAAUUUGUGGAUAUUUGCACAGGUACUUCAUUUAUUUUUUAGAAUAAUAUCGUUAAAAAAAUUGGAUUUAUAUCAGCCAUUUGGGGCUGCAUAUAAAAUAUAUGAAAAUAGUAUAUAUCUUAGAGCUCAAGGUUUAUUUAUAGAUAGAGCAAGGGAAGUUAUAUUAGAGUAAAGCAGUCUCUUGUCAGUGACAAUGGGAAAUAAAAUAAACCUGCAAUCCUGCAUGACUUCAGAGUUUGGCUUUUAGGGGGUAAAGUAAAACACAAAGGACACCUGCCACUUGUUGACCUGAAUCUUUGGCUCUCGAUUUCCCCCCGUUCUCAAAAGUAAACUAAAGGAUUCAGGUGAAAUGAGGAGAUUUUAGCUGACGGUGUCACGUCAAUCAAACUUUAAUUGAUAGAUCCUGAUCCGUCUGGAAGGCCCUGGGUUACAGUCAAGCCAUAGAAAAGUUAUUUUUUGUUCUUCUUGCCUAAACAAAAUGUUCUUCAGAAAACAAAUUUUUCCUGUAAGUGGAACUCUCUCCCCGUUUUUAGCAUUGUCCUGAGGGGGAGCUGCUGAGAGGAGGUCCUGAGGAGAGCUCCUUCUGGCCUGAGGGCUCCGUGAGUGCUCGUCUGCGCGCUCAGGCUGUAGGAAAAUGCUCUGGUUUGACAGUAUUAACAGCCCGGGGUCUCAGUGUUUAACACAAAUGUUUAUUUCCCAAAUGAGUUGAUGUUUUAUGCAACAGAGAUUGAAGAAAAUAUCUUGUGAUUUUACUCUGUUCUGCUGAUAAACUCGUUCCUUCAGAAGUUAACUGUAAAGUGAGACUGAGUGGUUAUGGCAUAUGAGGAGAAUGUGGAGCUAAAGAUGAAUAAAAUUCACAGAUGUUGGCAUUUUUCCUUCACUUGACGUUGUUUUAGGGGUUGCCCCCUUUUUGUAGUGUUCUUGAUUUCUGUUUAUCAGGUGGGAACAAAACAAGAAAGACAGGGAUGACCCAGACGUGUUCAGGGGACGCUGUUUUAUUGAACAGUAUGAACCUAUUCAACAGUUGUUACUUCUUAUAACAAAAAGUUGGUGAUGCCAUGUCCGCUAGGCAAGCCCCGCUCAGUGAGGCUGCCCCCUGGAUGUUACUGACCAACGCAGGGGAACGUGAAAAAACGACAAGGAAGGAGAAAAGAAAAAACAAA